CGAGCCGCACGGUGGGCAGGAGCCUGAAAUUGUGACAGGUCGGCUAACGAGUGGCGCAGAAGCGACGGAUAGGAGACGACGGCGAUGGUGGGGAGGAGCCUGCUCUGUUUGGCUGAGACACCAAGAGCUAUAAGGAGUGGCGGAAGGAGGAGCGGGUGCAUGAGCGCCGGCUGAAAGUGCAUGAGAGCGCCAAGGAAGACAGCAGGUCGAGGGAGAGUGGAGAAGCAGGAGAUAGGUGGAGCACUAAAAGGGAGGAGAGUGCAUCUGUUGACUUGCAUCUUCGAAAGACCCGAGUCAGACACACAGACAGAGAACAUGGCUACCAAUUCCACCAACACACACUCAAGUAAUCACUCCUGGAGCCCCGAGGGCUUCCCGCUUUCCCACGUCUCCUUCCAGGUCCAGGAAGUCUACCCUUUCCACGACGGCUGGAACGUGGCCUGUUUCGUCAUCCUCUUGCUUUUCAUCCUCACUGUCCUGUCCCUGGCUGCCUUGGCCGUCCUCUACGAGCUACUGGACUGUGGCUGCUGUGCCAAAGGGAAAACACACCACCAGAUAGAGGAGGAAGGCCCACCAACCUGCAGCAAGCUCAUGACCAGCAUUUGCAAGGAGUCAGAGAGCCACACUGAGGUGGUAUAAGGACGGCAAAAAAACAAGAAAAACAAAAAGAAAAAUAUGCAAGACUGCCUGAAAAUGGUUUGGCUGGCCACAAUUCAGCAAAUGCUGAGAGAAAAGAUAACUUAUGUGCACACACACAAGAAGGAAAACCUGAUUUUUCAUUUUAUUUUAGUCAACUCUACAUGUCUUUCAAAAGACUGUAAAACCCGUACUUUACACCAAAAAUUCCACUAACAGGAAAACAAAGCACCCGCGUAUGAAUGCUACUAACAGCGUGGCCUUAACGCUGAAAAUAAGUAUAGUUUUGUCCACAUUAUCAGUAUAUACUUAUUUUUAGCAUUUAAGAAUGAGCAAUGUGAUAUUUUGUGGGACUUUUCUCUCCCUAAAAAGGAGUCGAACGUUCCCCAAAACACAGUAAGAAAAGAAAAAUAAUAUAUAUGGAUAUGAAAAAUAAUAUAUUGUAUCCAUUCUGACCUUUGAGUGCUCAUGACUUACUGGGCAUAAAUUCUCUUUUAUAAGAUGUCCUGUAUAUAAAAUGCUGUCCAGAGCUAAUGACAUGAUUAUUACUUUAAAAUUGAUAAUACUGAGUUAAACAUCAUCGUAGCUUUUGAUGAAGCUUAUGUUUCUCUGUUUGUGCACCGCUGGCCUCGCCAUGUUUAGCACUGAAACAUCAUCUCAUGACAUGUUUGGUUGCUGCACAGUGAUGUACGUUGUUGUGUCAUAUUGAGCACAAUGUAUGAUUUUGUUUGCCUUACCACAAACUGCCGAUUAAA